UUCAUAAACUCGUCAACCACUUCGCUAGCUUGCUAGCCAAUACAGCCGAAAUAUUCAAGCUAUUUACACGCUUUCGGUGUAUAUUAACUACUGUGUUUUAGACACACUUCUGUUGUAUAUACUUGUUCAUCUAUUUGAUUUAAUAUUAAGUUAUUUUCUAUUAGUCAGCUAUAGUAGCUGCUGGUUAAGUUAGCACUAGUCUAGUCGCUAAUAAUUAGCUACCUAGCUAUCAUCCCCGACCAUGAGUUCCCUAAACUACUCCCCUCCUGUUAAAGAAGAGGAGGUCUGCUGGACGGAGAAAGAAGGUCUGGGGCUGAACAUUGUCGUGAAAGAGGAGGAGGAUGUGACAGUAAAACAAGAAGUAGUGGUUGAGGCUGUUACAGUGAAAGAAGAAGAGAAAGACGUUUCAGUGAAAGAAGAGGAGAAAGAGGAUGCAUGUUUUGGAGUGAAAGAUGAGGAGGGGGAGAUGACUGUCACAUUGAAAGAUGAAGAGGAGGAGAUAGGAGAUCUGAUUAACACCAGAGAGAUACGGGACUAUAGUGGAUCCUCUGGGGAACCUCAACAACCUCAUGAUGCUGAAGAGGCAGAGAAAAGUCUCUCCAGAUCAGAACACCUCAAGAAACACCAGCAGAGACCCACAGGGAAGAGAAUUCACUGCUGCUCUGACUGUGGGAAGAGAUUCACCUCUUCAGGCAUUAAAAUUCAUCAGAGAACACACACAGGAGAGAGACCUUAUAACUGUGUUCAAUGUGGGAAGGGUUUUACUCAGUCAACCAGCCUGAUAUCACACCAGAGAAUACACACAGGAGAGAAACCUUAUAGCUGUGGUCAAUGUGGGAAGAGUUUUAGUCGAUCUGGCUCUCUGACUCAACACCAGAGAAUACACACAGGAGAGAAACCUUAUAGCUGUGGUCAAUGUGGGAAGAGUUUUGGUCAAUCUUGCCAUCUGACAUUACACCAGAGAAUACACACAGGAGAGAGACCUUAUAGCUGUGGUCAAUGUGGGAAGAGAUGUACUACAUCUGGCCGGCUGACAUUACACCAGAGAACACACACAGGAGAGAAACCCUACAGUUGUGUUCAAUGUGGGAAGAGAUGUACUACAUCUGGCACUCUGACUCUACACCAGAGAAUACACACAGGAGAGAAACCUUAUAGCUGUGGUCAAUGUGGGAAGAGUUUUGGUCAAUCUGGCCACCUGAAAAUGCACCAGAGAAUACACACAGGAGAGAAACCUUACAGCUGUGGUCAAUGUGGGAAGAGUUUUGGUCGAUCUGGCCAGCUGACAUCACACCAGAGAAUACACACAGGAGAGAGACCUUAUAGCUGUGGUCAAUGUGGGAAGAGUUUUACUACAUCUGGCUCUCUGACUCUACACCAGAGAACACACACAGGAGAGAAACCUUAUAGCUGUGGUCAAUGUGGGAGGAGUUUUGGUCAAUCUGGCCAGCUGACAAUACACCAGAGAACACACACAGGAGAUAAUCCUUACAGCUGCGAACAAUGUGGGAAGCGAUGUACUACAUCUGGCUCUCUGACUCUACACCAGAGAACACACACAGGAUUGAAACCUUAUAGCUGUGGUCAAUGUGGGAAGAGUUUUGGUCGAUCUUGCUCUCUGACUCUUCACCAGAGAAUACACACAGGAGAGAAACCUUAUAGCUGUGGUCAAUGUGGGAAGAGUUUUGGUCGAUCUGGCCAUCUGACAUCACACCAGAGAACACACACAGGAGAGAAACCUUAUAGCUGUGAUCAAUGUUACAAGAGAUACUCUGAUAAAAGAUCUCUGAUCAAACAUCAGAAAAUACAUACAUGAAGGAGUUAUUUCGUGAUAUCAGUGAAUUUAUGUCACAAAGGAAUUUCACAAUGUAGAACCCUAAACGUUUGCCCCAUUCAAUUGAUUUCAGCGUGAUAUGGAAAUUAGUCUUGGGAAAAAUCCAGGCUCUGAAUAGAAAGAGUACUGUUUAUGUGAUUUAACAAAAAGUGACUAACACAAUAAGAGCUGUGUUACACUUACCAUGUUGGUGACCCACUUGAAUCAAAAUGCAACAGUUCAAAAUGUGGCCAGCUGUUUUCUACAAAUUGUCCUCUAACCAGUGAUGUCAACAUUAGUCCCAGAUGUUGAGUGGGUUUUGAGCUUUUAGUUUUAACACAACGUGCAACCUCAUCUCCCUCCUGUCACACAAUUGAUUUCAACAUGAUAUCGAUGAGUGAUGACAAAUAAGUGUUGCGUUCCUUUGUUUAGCGACCCCUACAUUUAAAUGCAUCACUCCAAAAUGUAGCUGACUGUCUUCUGCAGAUUGUCCUCUAACCAGUGAGGUAAAAGAUAUCUCCCAUUUCCAUGUCUUUUUUUAGUUGUUAGUUUCAACAGCAAGUACAACCUGAUUUCCCCCCUAAUCGAUAUCAGUGAUUUAUUUCUACUUGUCAAAACAACAGCGUUUUUGGUUUUUCUGCAGUUAAUAAGGUGCUUGGUUGUUUUUUUAAAUACGAUUAUUGUGGCAGAUGUUUGUGUAUAUAUAUUGUAUAUUUAUGUAUAUUUUCAAUUUAUCACAAACUGCUUUUGCAUUUGGACUAUUGAUUUGGACAUGUUAAGACUGUGACAUCGGGGCUAUCCCACCAGCAAAAUGUUAUUGAAAAUAAGACUAUGCCCAAUCUACAAUAUAAGUUUGGUUUUAGUUGAAAGUGAAAGUUGAAAAGAAGACAAUUUAAUUUCAAUGUACUUGCAGCCUAUACAGAUGGUCGUAGUAUAAUGAAUUGAGUCUAUAAUCAGUUUAGGGACAGGAGUCCCGGUAGUCAUGGUAAUAUGGAUCUGCUAGAGGGACAACUUCCUGUUGGAAUAUAUCAUCAUAAAUAUUAUGGAUUUUAACAAGCUUAAAUUCUUGUUAAUCUAACUGCACUGUCUGAUUUACAGUAGCUAUUACAGCGAAAACAUGCCAUGCGAUUGUUUGAGGACGGCGCCCGACAUCAAAAGGAAUCCUAAAAUCUACCCCUAAACUUUGUUUCAACAAGUCAAAAUGCGAAUCCUAUUUACUCCUCAGAUACCCUGAAAUGUAAUCAAACUAUAAUAUUUAUUUUGGAAAGAAGUAUGUUCAAUAGGAAACCGAUUUUAGCAGGUGUUUAAUGUCUUCAUAGCGUGCAAACAAGAAUUUCCAAGACUGUUUCCCUCUACUAAAACUGAUAUUUCUUAUUCGUUUUUGAAGUUACAAGCCUGAAACCUUGAAUAUAGACGGCUGACACCCGGUGGAAGCCAUAGGAAUUGCAUGCAGGGAGCUAAUUUUCAAUAUGACCUUUCUCUUGCGAUUCUAAGAGGAUGGUCUCUGGUUGGUUUUUCUUUGGCUUUUCUCCAUUCUUCUACAUUAUUUUAGCAUUUCUACAAACCUCAAAGUGUUUUCUUUCUAAUGGUACUAAUUAUAUGCAUAUCAUGGCUUCAGGGCCUGAGCUACAGGCAGUUUACUUUGGGCACAAAAUAAUGUAUGAGACUAUAACACAAUUGAUAUGGCAGGCGAAAAUCCAAAGGGAAUUGUUUUGGAGCUCCUAGGGUCUUAUAAUGGAAAGCUAUGGGUUCUAUUUAAUUCCAGCUCCCAGAUUGCAAUUCCUAUAGCUUCCACUAGAUGUCACCAGUCUUUGUUCAUUGGUUCAGGCUUGUUUCUUCAAAAACUAGCAAGAAUUUGACGUUUUUGUACAAAGAGUCCCGGUACAAUAUCAGUCUGUUGGCGCACUAUGAAGAGGACGCCGCGUGCGCUUGCUAAUUUUACUUUUCUAUUGAACAUACUUCUUUCCGUAUGAAAUGUUAUAGUUUAUUUAGAUUUUAGGAUACCUGAGAAUUAAAUAGAGAUGUAGUUUGACUUGUUUAUACAAAGUUUAGCGGUAGCUUUUUGGACUCCAUUGUCUGCAUGUUGAAUGAGUGGAUUACUGAAAUCGAUGGCAGCAACUGAACUGACUUUUUGGGAUACAAGAAUUUUAUCUAACAAAACGACCAUUCCUGUUGUAGCUGGGACCCUUGGGAUUGCAAACAGAGGAAGAUUUUCAAAUAUAAGUGAUUUAUUUAAUCGCUAUUUGUGAUUUUUAUGAAGCCUGUGCUGGUUGGAAAAUAUCAAUCGCAUGGUUUCGCUGUAAAGCCUAUUGUAAAUCGGACAAUGCAGUUAGAUUAACAAGAAUUUAAGAUACUUGUAUGUAAGUUCAAACCCCUGAGCUGACAAGGUACAAAUCUGUCGUUCUGCCCCUGAACAAGGCAUUUAACCCACUGUUCCUCGGCCGUCAUUGAAAAUAAGAAUUUGUUCUUAACUGACUUGCCUAGUUAAAUAAAGGUAAAAUACAUUUAAAAAAUGUUCAUAAAUGUUUAAUAUUAUGAUUAUUUAUUUGAAUUGCGCGCCCUCCAAUUUCACUGUAUGUUGUUGGCAGGUGACCCGCUAGCGGGAGGCAUAGCCUUACUAAGGGGGAAGGUGUUGCAGGCUUUGGUUUUUCCAUUUAUGUUUUCUUACUGGGGAACGUAACAACAAACAAUGUAGUAAAAAACAAGCUGAUAUUUUGGGUUGGAUGUUGCAUCCAAUUGUUCAUAUUUUAAUCAAUGGCAUUUUCUUAUAAUGUUCAUUAGUCUUUGUUGUUAAUCUUCUGUUUUUAUCCUCUUAUGUUUGUUGUGGUAAAUAUUUGUUUAUUUUCAUUGUUUUUUCCUGUGAAGCCAUUGUGUUGCAUCCAUGUCUGAAUUGUGCUGUAUAAAUAAAGCUUGAUUUGAACAUAUAGUAAAACAAA